AUGGAGCAGCAGGCGAUUCAGAUUUAUGGACAGCCGUUGGAAGAUCCGGAGAUGUUUUGGGCGCCGAUUGAACAAGCGGAGCAGGGACCCUAUGGCUUUCUUGGCGAUCUGCUGCUCAGCAUCGCGAGUGGCAGCCCCCGCGGACUACAGAUAGAGAAUUUUGGAGCACGCGAUGAGGAUGACGUUUUGAUCCUACAACUGCUGGAAGGGCCCCAAGAUCAGGCAAACCUAAAUGAUUGGUUGUCAGGUGAUUUGCAUCCAUCUCCAUUGUUGGACACAAAUGCCCAUUAUCAGAACCCGAUGUUCUUUAAAAGUCGUGUUAGUAGGGAGUACACAAGGAGGAAAAAUAAUAGCCGGUGGACUGCUAAAGAAGUGGAGAUACUGGUACAAGGUGUCUCUAAAUUUGGUGUUGGACGAUGGGCCUUGUUGAAGCAGCAAUUUUUCGAAACGUCAAUUAGGACAUCAGUAAAUCUUAAGGACAAGUGGAGAAAUCUGUUGAAAGCUUACCAGGAAAUUCACAAAAACUACACAGCUGUAUCUUGA